AUGGGCAAAGAUGGUGAUGUUGCCCUCUUCUUUGGACUAUCAGGCACAGGGAAAACUACUCUGUCUACGGACCACAACAGGCUUCUUAUUGGCGAUGAUGAGCAUUGCUGGAGUGAAAAUGGUAUUUCAAACAUUGAAGGAGGUUGCUAUGCAAAAUGUAUCGGCCUAACAAAGGAGAAGGAACCUGACAUUUGGAAUGCCAUCAAAUUUGGAACCGUGUUAGAAAACAUCGUUUUCUAUGAACACACUAGGGAAGUAGACUACUCUGAUAACUCUAUUACAGAGAACACUCGAGCUUCAUAUCCAAUUGAGUAUAUUCCUAAUGCGAAGAUACCGUGUGUUGGUCUGCAUCCUAAGAAUGUCAUCCUCUUGGCAUGUGAUGCUUUUGGCGUGCUUCCACUAGUUAGCAAACUUACUUUACCGCAAACAAUGUAUCACUUCAUCAGCGGUUACACUGCUCUGGCCCGUCGCCAUCGCCGUCGCCGCCGCAGCUCAAUUGGACGCCGCCGUAAUGAUGUGCAGCAGCAGGAUGGCUCAGCGGAGGACCGCCUCACUUCCCUCCCCGAAGGCCUCCUCUUCUGCGUCCUCUCCUUCCUCCCCAUCAAGCAGUGCGUCGCCCUCUCGGCCCUCUGUUCCGACUUCCGCCGCCGCCUCCCUUCCCUCAUACCCCGACUCGACACCUUCAGCCUUUACGUCGUCGGCGAUGUCAUCCCCCAAGAGCACACCUUCCCCCGCGCCCUGAUCCGCCAAUGCCACAUCCGCUUCAGAGUCGUACCUGUGUUCGACGGGGCCUGA